UGUCCGUAACGGCCAGUCUCACUGUCCGUUACAGUAAUGGCGCACAUGGGGGUUGAGUAAAGAGGAAGCCACGUUGACACAGAAAGUAGUCUACCGGUGUGUUCUGUGUUUCUGUCACGCCGGGACAGAACCGUCGCGUCGUCAACUUACACCUGUAAACUCAGGAACCUCAGUUGGAAGAUUUAGAUAAAGCUUUCUUACAGGCUCAAAGACGCCACAUCAUCUGACACGAUGAGUGUUGGAUUCAUUGGAGCGGGCCAGCUGGCUCACGCACUGGUGAAAGGCUUCACAGCUGCAGGUGUGAUUGCUACACACAGGAUAACAGCCAGCUCCCCAGACUCAGAUUUGCCCACUGUGUCGGGGCUGAGGAAAAUGGGGGUGAACCUGACGACUAGCAACAAAGAGACCGUCAGUAAGAGUGAUGUCCUCUUCCUGGCUGUGAAACCCCACAUCAUCCCCUUUGUUCUGGAUGAGAUUGGGCCAGAUAUUGAGGACCGUCAUCUCAUAGUCUCGUGUGCAGCAGGCGUCACCAUCAGCUCCAUAGAGAAGAAGCUGCUUCAAUACCGUCCAACUCCAAAAGUCAUGAGGUGUAUGACUAAUACUCCAGUGGUGGUGAGAGAGGGAGCUACAGUGUACGCCACUGGGACACACGCAGAGGUGGAGGAUGGAAAGUUACUGGAGCAGCUGAUGGCUAGUGUGGGUUACUGCACGGAGGUGGAGGAGGACCUCAUAGAUGCUGUCACUGGGCUGAGUGGCAGUGGACCGGCCUACGCAUUCACAGCCUUGGAUGCUCUAGCAGACGGAGGAGUGAAGAUGGGUCUGCCCAGAAGACUGGCUGUUAGACUUGGAGCUCAGGCCCUUUUGGGAGCAGCUAAGAUGCUGCUAGACUCGGAGCAACACCCCGGCCAACUGAAGGACAACGUGUGCUCACCAGGGGGCGCCACCAUCCACGCCCUGCACGUCAUGGAGAGCGGCGGCUUCCGCAGUCUCCUGAUCAAUGCGGUGGAGGCUUCAUGCAUUAGGACAAGGGAGCUGCAGUAUCUGGCAGACCAGGAACGCAUCUCUCCAGCAGCCAUUAAGAAAACUACACUGGACAAGGUCCUCCAGCAGCCCGGAGUCUCAGUCAGCGGAGUGGCUAAUGGCAACGGCAAAUCGGGGCUCAGCCUGUUCAACAAUCGCGGCCCCAAUAUCAAGAAGAAGAACUGAGUACACACGUGGACAUACUUGCAUCUUAUGUCGGAAAUCUCAUCCAGAUCCCUUAAACGCAAAUAAUGUAUUCCUAUUUGAGUUACAUGCAGACAGUGGACCUGCUGGUGUCACCACCACAUUACACAUAAGCACAGGUGCAUUCUGGGUGCAUUGCCCACAGUUAUAGCCUUAUGUUGUGAAGCAGAAAUACUUACUACACAAAUCCAGAUGCACACUGAAGAGAAAUAAGUGCAUUUACAAUCUGUUGUCUGUCUGUGUUAAGGCUCUAGACUAUCUAGGGCUGUUAAACGGUAAUGACCCAGUGGGCCAUCAUGGGAUCCUGGUACUCACCAGGCAACAGAUGGCUGCUGGGAUACCGUCAAGCUUUUAAUGUUUGUCUUUAAUGUCUUUCUUUAAAACAAAAAUGAAGCCACAAUGUAAAUUUACCUGUACCCUUCUAUUGUUUGUGCUAAUAAUUAUAUUUUGUUUGGCUAACAGUUUACACUGUUAACAAAGACUGAAUGGCCGAACAAAAACAUGUAAUGACUUUAUUUUUGGUUGUUUUAAUUGUCGUAUACGAACACUAUGGUCUUCAAUGUUACAGCAGGGUUUCUAGCACAUUAGGAACAUUGUCCCUUUGAACCUGGGGCACACAAAAUAUUGUUUCUUCAUAUAAAGGUCAUUCCAAGCUUUAAAACAUCUCUGAUGUCAACAGUUUCCUCACAUCCCCUUGUUGGUUUUCUGUUUAAGGGGUCUUAAAACCAAAAUCUUGAACUGUUAUCUUAACCCACAAAUGUUUUAUAAUAUACAGGUACUUUUUUACAUUUUCUCUCAAAGGAAUGUGAUGUUACCUGAAAGUCCUACAAGAUAUUCAUUUACACAAGAAACAAGAAUCUAUGGCAACGUAUUCAUAUAGAUAAUGAUGUAACCGCAUUACAUCAGUCCAUCCAUUGUGUAUUUAAUUGUAUUCAGUUACAUUUUUAUCCCCCAUAAUGUUUAUGUAUUGUUCCGUUUGGCAUAUUAACCACUGAGUUGGUGUGCCGGUCAAAAAGUCAAUAUUAAAGAAGCAGAAUCAAAUAA